AUGACAUCCUCACCACGGCCCACGGCCGCCACGACAUCAGCACCGCCAAUCUCACACCCAGCACACACUCUCCUCGCCCGCGCGCACUCCCCGGACACAUCAGCACGCAUCUUCACCGACAAAGUCAAGAACAAACCUCUCCUGCUCGAACCGACCGCAGGAUCCGACAAGCGCGCCCUCAGACGACACAUCCGCCUCCGCAAGAAGGAGUACUACCUUCGCAAACGCAAGCCACGCCCGCUCAGUGCCAAAGAGAAACGCGUGCUGGGCGUUUUCAAAUUACAAAAGAGUGAAAUCAAAUAUGAUAUCUACAAGAACUUGCACGACCUGUGGAACGGGUAUAUGCUUGAAGUUCUAGGGUUCACAACACCCCCAGCAAAAGACGGCAAUACACCAACGAAAAGGUCCCCAACAGUGACGGCGCAGAGUCACGGCAUUCUUCUUGCCAGUGCGGACUUCCACGGUGCCGAGCUCGAGGUCGUGCGUUGCGGUGAUGCCGGGAAAGUCGGGAUCAAGGGUAUUGUAGUGCGCGACACACAGUAUACGUUUGUCGUUGUUACGCCCAAAGACGAGGUCAAGACUCUGCCGAAGCGGGAUACCGUGUUCAGGUAUGAAGUCGCUGUUGCCGAGGAAAAGAGGCUGGUGUUUGAAGUGCAUGGGAACCAGUUCGAGUUUAGACCCGUGGAUCGGGCGAACAGGAAGUUCAAGUGGAAGGUCAUGGACUAUCUAUGA